GGUCGCAGAUUAGUGACGUCACUUCCGCGGUUUUUCUUUUGUUCGCCAAAGUGGCUUCAGUGUUUUUCUUGAUACUCUUUCUCAGGUCUUAUUUACUUUACAACAACGUUGAGGUUAAUAUACCUUAAACGAACAGAGGGAGCGAAGCAUUUCGGCCACUGACGGGGGAAGACAACAAAACCAGCGUCAUGUCUGCAGAAUUGGACCUGUCCCCUCCAGAGGUGCCCGAGCCCACGCUUUUAGAGAGUAUUCUACGCUAUGGGCUGUUCUUAGGUGCCAUCUUCCAGCUCAUCUGCAUUCUGGCUGUCAUCUUCCCCACGUCAAAGGGACAUGAACAGGAAGAAACCGAGUCUACUGAUGGAAAGGCCGCCGAGCUGACCAAGAAACCUAAAGGACCAGCACCUCAGAUCCGACAGAAACCAAAGAAAGAGAGCAAAAAGAAAAGAUAGACAGUAUUCAGUGUGAUACCUCUUUGUGUGAGUUACCAGAUGUCAUAACAGUUGCCUCUACAUGUAUUGAACACUAGAAUUAUAUAAAAUCAGUAAACAAUGUUCUUUUGAAGUUUGACCUUCAAUGAUCUUAAUGCUGUUUGAAUGAAUGAAUGAAUGAAUUACUGUGGCACUUAUCUUGGAAAAUCUUUGGAGAACCUGUUGUUUUUUUUUCAACUGAAAGUCAUUGAUGGGUUGUACUCUGGAGACACAGACAAAGCAUCCUAUGGUCAUCCUGUUUGCUGUUGAUUUUUAGUAGUUUGUUAAACUUUGGUUUGUCCUAUUACUUACCCCUUUUUAAUGCCAUCAGACUAGGUUAUUUCACAAACGUUUAUUCUUCUUUUGAUUUACACUGACAUCAUUCAAAAUUCUGGAUUUCUGGAUCUGAAAUUUUAUUUUAAAAAGUGAUGGAGCACAGAUCAGUUUAAUACCAGCAUGAGUCCUUGUUAGACGUCCAUUAUGUAUCUUGUGCUUAUGUCUUGUGUAACUGUAUGAGCUAUGUAAUCUUUUAAAUAUCCAUAUACUGCUGGCCAAUAAACACGAUCUGACUCUUUAAAACAUCUGUAUUGAAGUGCAUUUUGAUAUAAAAUAAAAUUGAGUGCCGCUUUAAGAAUUA